AUGCUGACCGACGACGCCUUCCAGAUGUUGUUGUUCGACCUGUUCUGCAUGUGGCACGACGUGCAGCGCCACUACGACCCGCCCAUCACGCAUACGGAAGAGGAAAAGAUGUUUAAGGUACAUUAUUCCGUGAGGAAAUGCAGGUUGUAAGUCAUUAGCCGCACGUUUCGCUUGUUUUUUCUGUAUGUAAACCGUAAUCCAAAAAAAGCCUCGCAAAAAAUUUGUAGCCGUCUGGAAAAGAGGAGGGCCGACACCGACCGCGAUGUCUCUGUAGAGUAAUCUUAAACGCAUUAUUGCAUAAUAGAGUAUCCUUGAACGUAUUCGAUUUUGAGUUGCUCGAUUUCAGCCUUACCGUUCCCCUACGCCCACUAAACUCGACCCUGUUUUAGGUGAAAAAGAUGAUCUGCAAAUUGCUGGGCGAAAUCGACUCCCGCGUCUUCCGCAUCCAGACCUCACCGCCGGUCCAGGAGCAGGAGUUCAUCGAGGAAUGGACCAUGCUCACCUGGAAUGUGAUGUGCAUUACCAGCCGGCUGCAGCAGAGCCUGAAUCGGUCGUACUGUUCGUCGGAGGAUAAGGUCAUUUUGAACAAGCUGAACGAUGCCCUCAUCAAAUUGGUCAACCAUUCAAGGUGCGUUGAGUUGAAGGGUUGUUGCAAAACGUCAAAUUCCGCAACAAUCGAUAUUCCGUGGGAUUUUUCGCAACAUUGGCAAAAAUAAUUUUUUUGUCGAAUUUUUUCGUUGUUUCAGUCGAUUUUCGAGGUAAAAUGGCGGAAAAUAUUGUUGAAUUCAGAGUAAAAAAUAUUUUCUAACAAUCUGAGAACCUUUUUGGCCCAUUAUCUUCUCCUUUUUCAUCAGAUUUUCCGUGUUUUUUUGAUUCUUCAGGAUUUUUUGGACUUUCUCCAAAUUUUUUCAACAAUCUUCUAUUUUCAGAAGUACCGAUGUCCCCGCAUCCCUUCAACUUCCCUCUCACACUCUCUCCGAGCUCUCGGCGAAGCUUGGCGACACCGUCAGCCAAGUACAUGGGAUCUAUGAGCGUUUCCAGCACGCCUUCCCAACAACACCUCCACAUCAACAAGAAUUUCUUCGAUUGGUCCAAGCGUUCAAUGAAAAUCAAUUGGGGCCGUUCAUCGACUACUUCAAGAGCUUCUGCAAUGAGCAGAGUGUUCACAUGUGGGCGGAUGUGAGAGCGGCGCAGAUCAGACACAUGGUAAAUUAUGAGCCAAUGUCUUCCGAAUCGAUUAAUCGAUUGGUCAGUUUCUACUCCUAUAUGAUGCACAAAUUGGCGGUUCUUGGUGCCAGAUUACAAGGUAAGCGAAUUUUUUCCAAAAUUUUUGAUUUUUAGGUCUUCGCCAUGUUGUGAAUGCCUCCAAAGUGUUUGGAGAUAUUGAUCCGGUCGGAUCACUCUCCGACAACGUCUUCUCCGCCUUGGAGCUCCUCAUGUCCGACUGUGUGUUGGCCACCGAGCCGUCCAACAACGCCAUCUUGGUCACAAAUAAUUUAUUCGCCAUGAAUUGCGGCGCUCUUGCGCGCGGCGUUGUCUUCAAACAAUUCGAAGUCCAAGUGGUGACCGAGGAGGCGGCGGAGCACAUUCAGUCCGAAAUGCGAAGGCAAAAGAUGCUCCAGCAGCCUUCGCCAAUCGCCGUUGUGCCGUCCGCGGCGUUGUUGGCGAUGAAGCCGACUUCGGGUACAAAACGGGCCAAUUCGAAUUCCACGACGAGUUCCGGCGAGCCGCAGGGCAACACGGCGCAUAAGAAGUCGGAUGUGAAUAGCAAGGACAUGGUUGUGAUUUAUCCGGCGUUCAAUUCGAAGAAUCGGUACUGGGCCGCGACUUACCCGCAACUUUUGUGCACAACAAGGCAAAAAGGACGGCAGUCGACCAACAAUUCUUUUCAAGUGGGUUUUUAUGAGUUUUUUGGUCUUUUGAAAUAAGCAAAAUUGUUUGUUGACACUUGGAUUUACUAUAUUUUUUGAUGAUUAUAUUAUACUUGAUCCUUGAUAUUUUUUAUUUCCAAUUUUCAGGAUCUCUCUCCAAGCGCCUUGGCCAACGAUCUAAAAUCGCAUGGCAAGCGCCCAAUCUUCUAUUUCCAUAUCACCGCCACAAUGUUCUCUCCGUCCGGCCGGUUCGCCACCGCUCACACCCUCUCCUUGCCAUUUACAAUAGCCACAAGAAGGAAUCAGGUGAGAUCUCCCCCAAAAGUUUUUUUUAUUCUCGAUUUAGGAUUGUCAAGUCCAACGGAUGAUGUCCUCGUACACUGCCACUUGUUUCUGGCUGUAUGGAACGAACGCGCAGGACGGUCUGCUUCUCCAAUGGCAGGAGUACGGAAUGCAUUGGGACCAUUUUAUGCAACUCUUCAAACAACAUUUUCGGGUGAAUGCGGACGUUCAGCGGGGCUUGAAGGACAGUGAUUUUGACUUGUUGAGGUACAAAUUGCAGUGCAAUGAUUGCACACCGUCCAGCAGGGAUAUUAAGAGGGAUGGAAGGGCGCGUAAGUUGGACAGAUUGAUGGACAGAUUGAGAUUAAAUUUUUUAGAGGUCUUAUUGAUGUCAUGGAUAAUAUUUUGACCAAUUUUUCGAUGAUUUUCAGAAGUCGUAACCUUCAAGAACAUGCUCUGUCCCCAUCUGCGCUACGAAUGCGGGAACGUGAAGACCCGAUUCAGCGUCUGGCGAGGAAUGCUGGAGCUCCUGCAGAUUUUCCAGGACCAAAAAACGAAUGUGCGGAAGUUGUGGGAGAAGAACCUGAUUAUGGGCUUUUUGGAGUUUGAUCAAGUCGCCGAGAUCCUCGCUGAUUAUGAUUCAGCCAUUAUCAUGAGAUUGUCGUUCGUGACUGGAGGCACAAUCUGCUUCACCGUCAAGUCCCAUGCCCAUUCCUUGACCAAGGACACAGCCAUGGCCCCAAUGCAUCUGGAACCCUUGGAUCUGAAGAAACUCCAAGCCAAGUGCCUCAAGGACUAUUUGAGGGACAUUGGAGUGGCGGAGAAGGUGAAAUACGUCAUCAAUUCGAAUUUUGAGCCCGUCCUGAUCAGCGAAGUCAUCGAGGAAAUGAAAGACCGCGCCUCCUCCAUGGAGGAGCUGGAAACUUCGCGACACGUCUCGUCGAAUGUCACACAUUCCGGCGACUUGGACGCAAUGCAACAUAUCACAUUCACGGCGAUGCGGAUCGCCGUCGUUACGUGCAAAGUGAAGCCCCCUUCGGCGGAUAUGGUCAAUGAUCUGGAGCAUGCGGCGGCCGGCAUUAAAGUGGCCUCGCCGGUUCCUCCGGCCUACAAUGGACAGAGUUAUACGACUCCAACACCACCCGGAUCGCUGAGUCUUAGGUUGCCGGCGAAUGCGACUUCCGAUGAUUUUCCCAGGGAGCUGGUCCAGCUGUGCAAUUUCCAUGGGAAAUCGAAAUUGGUAAGGGAGAUUCGGAGAAUGAUUUGGGGGAAUUUGUGAGGCGUUGGUAUUUUGGAAUUCCCUAAAUACGACCGGUUGAUUCUGGCACAAAUUUAGAAUAAAGUCAUCAAAGACACAUUUGCUUUUUAGGGAAAUUUGUGGAGCGUUGGAUCUGUGGAUAAUAUAAAUUUUUAUAGAGGAUUCCUCAAAUGUGAACCUUUGUUUGCAAUGAAACUUUGUGCAAAUCUAGAAUAUAAUUUUCUGAGAGAUUUACGAAAGUAUCAGCUUGAAAUUUGAAAAAUCUGCCAUGAUUUAUAGGCCGAAAGUGAGAAAAAUUGAAAUUUUUUUAUCGAUUUGCGGCUUGAAAAUUUCAGGGUUUAUUGGAUGUGAGGUUUAUAAUGUUUCUAUUAAAAAAUCGAUUUUUCCGAGCAGUGAAAGAGAAGUUAUUACCGAAAAGUUGUUUUUUAUUGUCUACCGGCUCUCCAGGCUUACUUCAAAAGCUAGGAGUUCUGACAGACAAAAAACAAACGGGUUUUUUGCAAUAUCUUCGCAAAUUCUGCUGGGAAAAAAUCGAUUUUUGUAGAAACAUUAUAAACCUCACAUUCAAUAUAGCCUGAAGUUCUCCAGCCGCAAAUCGAUAAAAAAUUUUCGAUUUUUCUCACUUUCGGCUUAUAAAUCAUGGUGAAUUUUUCAAAUUCCAAGCUGAAACUUUCAUAAAUGUCUCAGGAAAUUCUAUUCUAGAUUUGAACAAAGUUUCAUUGAAAACAAAGGUUCGCAUUUGAGGAACCCUCUAUAAAUAUUUAUAUUAUCCACAGAUCCAACGCUCCACAAAUUUCCCCAAAAAGCAAAUGUGUCUUUGACGAUUUUUUUCUAAAUUUGUGCUAGAAACGACUGGUCGUAUUUAGGGAAAUUCCAAAAUUUAUUGCCCCAAUGAAAGUGUGACAUAUUUUUUAUGACCACAUAUUUCCAGGAGCUCAUUGAGAUGCUGGACCAGAUCCCGGACAGUCUCUUCUCCGUGCCCUCGACCAGCAUCCCCGCCGCCUUGAUGACACCCCAACCUCAACAGUACUCCCCUCCAAUCAUCCCCCAAAUGAACCCGCCCAACCUUCAACACCAAUCCCAAUCUGCCGCCUACUCUCACAUGAGCACCCCCUCCCCCAUGAACACCUCCCCAUCGGGCUCCACCAACCUGCAAAGCGUGUUCGGGAACGCCCACAUGAUGGGACACGAUCAUUACAACAUGACCUUCUAA